AUGCGGAAAGCGAACAAGCGCAAGGAGUCGGACGUGGACUUCGAGGAGAAGAAGAUGAACCUGAGCCUGGGUCAGGACGAGCUGGACCGAGAGGCCGGUUACUACGUGCGCGCCGCCAGUCCGGAACCUCCUGCGGAGAGGUGGCCGCCGGGGGAGUCCUCGCGACGCCCUCUGCCUCCCAGGAUCACCCCCGACCGCUACGUCGAGGAGCCGGAGCCAUACUACCCGCCUCCGGCGGCUCCGCCCGAGUACUACAGAAGGGUGCGCUACAAGUCGGAGACCCGCCCGGGCGCGGAGUAUAGAGACAGAGUGGAGUACCACGCGGUGCCGCGAACCGCGAAGCGGUCCGUCUUCUCGCCGGAGCCGCACGAGCGCGAGAGAGAGCGCGAGAGGGACCGCGAGCGAGAGCGCGAGAGAGACCGCGAGAGGGAGCGCGAGAGGGAGCGCGAGCGGGAGCGCGACUACUACGAGAAGUACGAGAAGUACGAGCGGAAGCACAAGCGGCCCUCGCGGGAGGUCAUCGUCGAGCGCAUCCCCCCGACCAAGUGGCGCGCAGGCGCCGACCGGGAGGAGGAGCCCGCCUCGGUCGAGCGGGCGCGCGGCGACGAGUGGGCCGACCCCUGGAUGCGCCGCAAGUCGCCCACCGCCGUCCGCAGGACCACUCGCCCGCGCCGGCAGUCCUACUCGUCGGGGUCGUCCUACUCCUCCACCAGGUACCAAUCGCGGACCGCCAUUUUGGGCACGGUGGUGCGUGCCGCCAUUUUGCGCAAGAUGGUGUGCGUCGCCAUUUUGCGCAAGGUAGUGGGCGCCGCCAUCUUGGGCAAGGCGGUGUGCACUGCUAUUUUAUGCAAGGUGAUGUGCGUCGCCAUUUUGUGCAAGGUGAUUUACGCCGCCAUCUUGUGCAAGGCAGUGCGCGCCGCCAUUUUGCGCAAGGUAGUGGGCGCCGUCGUCUUGGGCAAGGCGGUGUGCACUGCUAUUUUAUGCAAGGCGAUGUACGCCGCCAUCUUGUGCAAGGUGAUGUGCACCGCCAUUUUGUGCAGCGUAUUACGCGCUGUCAUCUUGAGAAAGAUACGAUGCGUCGCCAUCUUGUCCAAGGCAGUGCGCGCCGCCAUUUUGCGCAAG